UUUAGCACCUGCUGCCGCUAUCCCGAUCAAUGUAGAAUACCACGCCCUGUAGCCUAGAUGCCACUAGAUUCCAUCGACCGACUCAGUUAGGUUGUGGUCGAUCUCCGCGCUAGUUAUGAAUAUACUAUGACAUUCCAGUACUAUCCGCAGACGCCGUGACGCAGCGGUGUACUUGUUCCAGUGGCCUUUGUGUCAAUGCAGUACGUCGAAGAGUCCACUGUUCAGCUGCAGUGCUCCGCGGGUUAGAUCCGGCAAGGUGCUCCCAACCAGGUGUUGUGGAGCUUCACAAAGGUCGAGUCAGUUCAGUUGAGAUUAUGGCUUCUUCUUGUGCUGCAUUGGUACGGUGCGAAUGCCUGCAGUAGUUCUGAAUGAUUUCUAACCUUCGGAAUGUUACCGGUACUGACUGGUAUUCUAAACUGGUUUGGAGACUUCUGUCUCACGUUCAAUGCUUUGAUAUUGCGCAUCUCGAAUUGCAGAUUCCGGGGUUUAGUGAGUGAACAUGAUGCCAGAUCCACCAUAUCGUUUCUAAUGUGCGAGACUUCUAAGGGCCCAGUACUCUCCUGCACUAGAAAUCUGCGGUUGAGUUUAUUUUCGAUACAGUUCACUUGAGCUCACACUUGAGAUCAAUGGUCGGAACUGAACCUCUAGGGACCAGAACAAGUAAUAAGUUCAAGCUACAUGUUCAUCAUCUUCAACAGCAACCUUCGUUGCUUUCGCGGGAAUGUCAUUUCUUUCCUUAACUAGUCCAUCUUAGGGCGUGAGAACCAGCUGUGGUUGUCCGCAUUCCUUACUCGGGGUACAUUUGCGUCACAAGGGAAACAGGCAGCAACAUACUGUUUGCCCCGUCCAAGUUGGAAAUCAGUUAGUAUAAUAGUGGGUCAAUUUGAUAGCGUCCCGGACACAAAGUACUUCUUAUUGAUCCUGACGUGAACAAGUACCUCGGAAGUGUGGUGAGAAUAAGAGUAUCGUAACUACAAACACUAACGUGCAUUCUAGCAAUGCUGCCUCUUCUUAGAUCAGGUUCUAACAUGCGACUCUGCGCGGAUUCUGAUGACAUGAAAUCUUCAUCCAUGGCUACAGCCUCGAUGGCUGUAAAGGCUUUACCCGACGUCUCCGAAGCGACCUCUCCGAAAGGGCGCCAUUUGAGUCGUUCAUCGGCAUGGAAAAUCCACAGUUCAUUGCGUCUCGCAGUGCUACUCACCGGCUUGCAGUUCUCAUUUGUGAUAUACGCCACCUGUCUGCUGUACUGGUUGAACCCCAUUCCUGAUUUCUCGACCUCUACAUCCAUGUUCGAUGACGACUCCUCACACAACCCGCUGUCAGCGGUCACACAGGGCGUAGUGCCUAGAAAGGGGUUGCAGGAGGUACCGCAAGAGCCCAAGAGUGCUGUGUGCGAGGCGGAAAAUAUUCCGUUUGAUCAGAUGAAGUCUAACAAAACUCAAUUGAUUGAGAAAAAGACCAGCCUGUUCAGGGAGAUAAUGGAGUUUCAGCAACAGAAGCGGGGAUGCGAAACCCUAGAUGAGCUGAUGAAAUUGCCCUCGACUGGUGGUGGUGCCAAGGUGACAGUGAUUUUGAAUCAUUUUCAGCGGAAGACACUGUGCGCUCAACUUGAUGCGCUCCUGGAACAGACACUUCCUGUACACGAAGUUUGGGUUGUGGCCUUCGGGAGUCCUCAGACAGAUAAGUUGCGAGCGAUCGUGGAAGCAUACAACGAUACCAGAAUCAACAUUAUAGAGUCGAAGUAUGAUUACAGAUAUUACGGACGUUUUCAGCUGGCACUGCAGUCUCAAGGAGCAGACUUUGUUUAUCUGCUGGAUGAUGACAUGAUACCCGGGAAAAAGGUCCUCCAAAUCUUAGCCCACAUAGCAGGAACCGAGAAAUACCGUAAUUCUGUGUUGGGCUACAUCGGCCGUAUCCUGCCAUUGAGACAGAAGGAUUUCAGCUUUCCUAGUUACCGGAAGUCAAACUCUAAAGAAGCGGGUCUGUACCUGCCAGAUCCAGCCUACGAUAUCAUAGUGGAUAGAAUUGUGAAGGUGGAUUUCUUGUCAAGUGGCUGGUUCCUUUCCGCGGACCUUGUUAAGGCCAUUUUCAUCGAGACACCCGCCACGUUUACGACUGGGGAGGAUCUUCAUCUCAGUUAUCAGCUUCAAAAGUAUUAUGGCCACGGCUCAUACGUAGUUCCGGUUGAUCCCAAGGAUAUGCAAACCUGGGCGGACAAGGAUCACCGCCUUGCCCAGGUUUCGGAGACCACCGUCAUUCACCCGCACGUUGUGGAGGUACGAGACAACCAAUGGUGGCGAUAUUUCUCGAGGGGAUACAUAACUCAAUGGGCGGAGAUGAACCCUCAGGUUAGCGACGCAUUCUUCUAUGCGCACAGCAUUGAUGACGUUAAGGACAUGGCCCCCUUGCUGCUGAAGUAUCGUACUACCGUUGGCAGAAAAGCUUACUUGGUUAUCAGUGGAGGACAAUUCUGCCGUUGUGAGGAUGCCGCACAGGUUCUAGGUUGGAGUCCAGCUUCAUGCAAAGAUCGACGAUUCAAAGUGUUUGAUCUCGAGGUUGGGUCAAUUCACAGGACCUUCGUCGAGACACCCAUUAUUCAAGAGGUCUCUGCAGGUAUGCGGGGGUUGAUUCAGAUGCAUUCGCCCACUCUCCUGAUCACCGUCAAUGACCUUCCUACUGCUGUGUUGGAGGCGUUAAAAUUAGCAACUAGACAAGUGCCCAGCAAUACAACUCUUGUGCAGAUUCCUCGAUCCUCGUUCUCUCAUGCUCUUUGGAUGACCUCCGUCUCGCCUGCAGCACUUCGAUCCUGGAGCAAGAUGCGUAUCCGAAUAAACAUCAUCACCCAAAACAGACCCAACUCUCUCACGCGCUUGCUGCAGUCUCUGACGAACGCAUUCUACAUUGGAGACACGAUCGACAUAUCCUUCAACAUGGACAGCGCUGUAGACAAUCCAACCUUAAAUAUGGUUGAUUCGUUCGACUGGCCCCACGGCAAGAAGAUUGUACGACGGCGUAUCAUCCAAGGGGGUCUAAUUCGAGCUGUGAGCGAGAGCUGGUACCCUGCUUCAAACGAUGAGUUUGGCCUUCUACUGGAGGACGAUAUUGAAGUGUCUCCCUAUUACUACAUGUGGCUUAAGUACGCUCUCAUGCAAUACUAUUACAACCCUAACGUUCAUCUUCCAGAGCUUAAUUCCAUUGCUUUGUACACGCCCCGUGUAGUGGAGGUUGUGAAGGAGAGGCCGCACUGGAAUGCCACCGAUUUCUUCAGCCCCGUGCAUCCAAACACACCCUACUUGCACCAGUUGCCAUGCAGCUGGGGUGCCUUGUUCAUGCCAGCAAGAUGGCGAGAAUUUUACAAGUACAUGGGUAUGAGGUUUACAGAGGACGCGAAGUCGAACCCAGUCCAGAUUCCCAAGUCUCGAACCAACGGCUGGCAGGCGUCAUGGAAGAAGUUUCUGAUUGAUAUGAUGUACCUGCGGGGAUAUGUAACGCUGUAUCCCAACUUUCCCAACCAGACAAGUUUCAGCACGAAUCACAUGGAACCCGGUGCUCACAUUGGUGCUAAUGAAAAUAAGCUCCAGCACGAUCCCAUGGACUUCAUCGUCCCACUGUUGCAGGAGGAUUUCGUCCCCAUGUUGCCGAAUGGGAAGCUUCCAGCAGCUUCAAAACUGCCAGUGAUUAAUCUCUUCAAUCAGGCUGCUUCGCUUCGGGGUCUUAAGGCCGCAGGGGCAAAGCUCAAGCAAGAUGUGCUAGAUUGUAACGUGACGCACGUCGUGAUGGCGGAUGACAAAACCGGGGAACCAUUGUCAUGUCGCCUAUUCUAGUGGCUAAAUUCGUUGUCACUUGACACUGAAUCCCCUUUGUCGAGCAGCAGCAGUUGGGCUCUGGCCCUUUUUCUUUUUAACGCGCUAGCUCCCCCUCUCUCUUCUCCAACCCUGACGAGCCAUUUCCACGCCGUGGGGUAGCAUUUGUAUAUCACUUGUAACGGCAUACUGCAACUAUCAACAAAUUCUAGAGAAAGGUUCUUACAUUCCAAUCAGCGACCUUUCCUAGGCUUAGAAUUAGCUAGCAAAUGCUAAAAAAUCUGCGGACUCUACGUCUGCCUCGAGACCCGUCUCCACACGACUGAAAACAACCCAAUUCUUUCUAUUAAUUUUUUACCAAUCUCCAUGUCUGUGUGCGUCAACAGUGUCGAACGCCAACGUCCUACCAUUAUAAACCCAACCCAUGUGGCAAGCAUCCGAAACUAGUCAUGAAAUCAUCUAGUAGUGGAAUCGAUAUUUGUUCAAUAGGCUAAACACAAAUACUAGACCAGAUCAUGAGUACCCAAACUUUUAGUGUCGGCCGAAACGCCGCAGCUACGCCAUCUUCAUAAGUUCAUCAGCA